UCUCCACAGGCUCGAUCGUCGCAGUUCCGACAAUGUGCCCGCUAAGGUCCGACGGGUUAUUGGUGCUCUUAUUAAUAGCAUCCUACAACUCCGGACAUCGAGUGACCAGUUCAAAUAAACUCAAUUUAAAUUUAAAUUUCACGGAAACUGCAACUGCAUACGGAUAUGAGUCUGAAGAGCAUACAGUGGCUACUGAAGAUGGUUACUUGCUGAAGCUUUUUCGGUUAACUAAAGGUGCGAAAUGUAUGGAGCCGCGGCGGCGAACACCGGUGCUGCUGAUGCAUGGGCUGCUGCUCAGCGCGGACUGCUGGUUGGAUGCCGGGCCCGAGGCCGGCCUCGCCUUCCUUCUUUCGGACUCCUGCUUCGACACUUGGGUCGGCAACGUCCGAGGCACGUACUACUCCCGUGAACAUCUCCACCUCGACCCCGGUAAAAGCCGCUUCUGGCAGUUCUCCGUCGACGAAAUCGGACUUUACGACAUCCCCGGAUUAAUCGAGUACGUUUUAAGAAACACCGGCGUGAAGCAGCUCAACUACAUCGGAUAUUCUCAAGGAGCCGGCACAUUCUUCAUCAUGUGCUCAGAAAGGCCUGGCUAUUGUAAUCAAGCGAAGUUAAUGAUCGCUCUGGCGCCUGCUACCAGACAGUUCAACACGAAAUCUGUAGUGUUCAGAACGGUACCGCUCAUUAUUCAGGACCAAAAACAUUUUCUGCAAUCACUCGGCAUUUGGGAGUUGUUCGCGAGAAGAUUGCCGACGUAUGAAUUUUUUAGUAAUUUAUGUCAAAACGAUCAAGCUUCCAGCUUCUGCGAGUGGGUUUUGAGUAUGUUAGACGCACCUCAUUCACGGUCUAUCUCGAGGAACACUUUAAAAACUUUGUACAAACAUGUGUUAGCGGGUACCUCCACACAGAACAUGGCUCGUUACGGCCAAAGUAUGCUGGAUCCGGCAUUUACUAAAUACAAUUAUGGUAGAGAGAAAAACAGAAAGCUGUACGGAAGUGAUCGUCCCCCUGAAUAUGAUUUGAGAGCGGUGAGUGUCCCGGUGGUGUUGAUUUACGGUAAAAACGAUGGUAUAGUGGACGUGAAGGAUGUGCAGUGGUUGAAGAGUAAGCUACCGAACGUUAUAGAAUCGAUACCAGUGAAAGACAAGUAUUGGACUCACUUAGACAUGGCCUAUAGUCAAAAUACUAAUAUUAUGAUAUUUCAGGAUAUCCGUAAAUAUUUAUUGCAAUAUGAUUGAACAAAAGUUCUAUUUGGGUCUAUAAUUUUCUUCUUACUAUGUCUAAUGGCUGUUUCUUCUGUCUAGAAAUUUAAGGGUAUGGAAAAUUUAAGUAUAACAAUAAUCGUAAUUUGGAGACAUUGUAGAUACUAAGUACGAGUACGUUAAGAGCGCUAUAUGCGAAUCACAUAAUAUAUAGGGUGAUUUCGGGGUCGUGGAGCAAGAGAGCCAGACAUCAUACAGAAACCAACGAUGAGCCUAAUUAUAUUGUUAAUUAUUGUUUAUCACCAAUAAUGAUGAUUAUUAUCCAGAUGACAAGUAGGAAAAAAAUGUUUGCAUACAAUUUGGUGACCCUACUCAAUGUGACGUCUUGUCGCUUUCCAUACAGCGUAUGUCAAUACAAUACAAUACAAUACAGCGUAUUUACAUUAAUUUUACUUGAAAAAUAAGAAUAAUUAAAGUAAUUAUCUUUUAAUCAAAUACUACCAUAUGAUAAUGUGGAUUAUUUACAGAGUCAGAAAAAGUGGUUCUGGAUCACGACCCAGAAAUCACCCUGUAUAUGUACACUAGUAAUUUAAAGACAAAUAUUAAGCUCUAUAUAACGGAACUUUUGGAAGUAGGAGAUUUUUUUUCAUUGAUUUAUAAGUUGUUAAAUAAGUUAUUUAUUACCUAGAGUACAGGUACGCCAUAUAUGAAUUGUGCCAAAUAUUUAGUAUGAUAAAAUCAAAAAUACGAAAUGUAUGUUUAUUACUCGCAAAUUUUCUAAAGAUUGCAAUUCAACAAAAUAAACUACCUAUAGUUUGAUAAAA